AUGUUUGUCGAACUGGAAGUUCCUGACCCGUGGAUUGCAGCAGAGCCACCCCGCGGUAUCUUCGGAGUUCCGCUGAAUGUCAGCAUUAAGUAUGCCAAUGUGGCCAUCUCCCUGACAAAUGACCACGGCGAGAGCUUUAUUUAUGGAUACGUCCCCAUUGUGGUUGCCAAAUGCGGUGUCUUCCUCAAAGAGAAAGCUACCGACGUGGAAGGCAUCUUCCGAUUGAACGGUUCGGCCAAGCGCAUAAAAGAUCUCCAAGAGGUCUUCGACUCUCCCGAGCGAUACGGAAAAGGGUUGGAUUGGGCUGGGUACACGGUGCACGAUGCGGCGAACGUACUGCGUCGAUACUUGAACCAGUUGCCCGAGCCGAUUGUGCCUCUCGAGUUCUACGAGCGCUUCCGCGAUCCGUUGCGCAUUUACCAGCAGCAAGUCAAGGAAGGCAAGGAGCCUAGCGAGGCCGACAGAUUCGACCACGCAAAGGCUGUGGAUACCUAUCAGCGCCUCAUCAUCGAGUUGCCGCCUUUGAACAAGCAACUGCUCCUCUACAUCCUCGACCUACUCGCCGUUUUUGCUUCCAAGUCAGACCAAAAUCGCAUGCCGUCGAACAACCUUGCCGCAAUCUUCCAGCCGGGCAUGCUUUCCCAUCCCAACCAUGACAUGUCGCCGGACGAGUACAAGCUUAGCCAAGAUGUAUUGAUAUUCCUGAUCGAGAACCAAGACCAUUUCCUGUUCGGUAUGAGCGGAACAGCCGCCGACGAGGAAACCAUGAAGGAAGUCGAAGCCGGAAUCCCCCGCCCUGCUCACACCAGCAUCCGAAGAUCCGUAUCCAACGCCAGCGCGAACACAGAAAGCCACCGCAAGAUCGGUAGCAUUCGUCGAAACGUUUCGGUCUCCUCCCGCAACUCUCGUCAUUCAAACACCGCCCAGAGCCCGGGAACCCCUACUUCCAUGACCGGCGGUGGUGUCCACAGGAGUAAUACUCUGCCUUCCAAGAUGGGCCCCGUCCUGACUUCGGCUCGCUAUGCUCGUGCGAACGACCCGGCUACCACAAACCUUGCUGGCCUGGCGGUUUCGCAUGAGGGGUCGCGAUCUACUAGUCGGACACCAUCGGUGCGUGAAGAGCCGGAGGAAUCGUCUACGCUGGUCGAUCAUGAGCCUGUUGUUCAGCAGGCUUCUCAUCACGCCCCUCGCCCCACCUCUCGUCCAGGAUCUCGACAGACGCUUGAGCCUGCUGUUCAGCCGGUCCUUGAACCGGUUCCUCGGCCUGUCGCUCAGCCAGUUGCUCAGCCGCUCGCUCAGCCAGUUGCUCAGCCGCUCGCUCAGCCAGUCGUCCAACCUGUCGCUCAACCUGUCACCGAGCCUACCACUGAGCCAGUCGCUCAACCGGUUGUUCAGCCAGCUGUUCAACCAUCAGUCGAGCCCGUCGCGCAGCCGGUCGACCUCGCGAUUCCCCCAAGUGAGCCUGCCACUCAACAAAACCCUCAGGCUUCACACGAAAAAUUAGUUGAGCGUCCUGAUCAAUCAAAGAACCGCCCAUCAACUUCGUUCUCGGCAACUCAAGGCAGUGCGUAUGUGCAUACAUCAACACACGGCCCAUUGCCCCCAGCAGCUGCCGAGCGCCUCAGCAUUACUGAAGCACCAAGACCGCAUGAGAAUCUGAGCACACCCAUUGCUUCACCCCCGCAGGUUGUCACCCCCUCUCGUGAACGCAAGCUUUCCAACUUUUUCACCAAGUCACCGCCUCCUGAUGGUGAACUUCGAGAGCCCCGGCAGCCUAAUCGGCUGAGAAAGAAGCGCAUUCCAGGUAGUGCAAGCAUGAGCGCGCAAAGCUCAACAAACUCUCUUCACGCCUAUGGUGCUGAUACUGGUGCGGAAUUGCAGCCCACCAACGAGCACCAUGCAGAAGUGGUUGGUGACACCACACCGAGGCCUCCGAACACCGCAACACUCGGCAACCGCCGCGAGAGUGCUUCGGAGUCCACCUCUGCCCUUACCGAGGGUACCUCGCAAUCACACCAAGACCACUCCCUGCGACCUAAUAAGUCCCGCACACCUUCUAUGAACUCGAGAUCAUCUUUCACUGAUCAGUCCGACUUGGAUCAGCCCGAAGAUGCUUCCCAUAACGAUCGUCAUGAGCACCGUCGCAGUUGGCGCUUCCACCGCUCAUCUAAACGCACCAGCGAACAACUCGGCCUUGGACUCUCAUCUCCACCUUUGGUAGCGACGAAUCCCCGGGCGGAGCAAAGCACAAGUUCGAUCGGUAGUGGGCAUCAUCAAAGCUCCGAACUCUCAAAUCACCCACUCAGUUUGGAUGCUGGAGUUCAAAGCACCUCAUCGAUUGCCCUAGAGCCGGAAAAGAAGAGCCUCUUCGGCAAAUUCAAGGCGAAGGUCGCUCAAGUCCGGGAGGGUGUGAGGGAUGAGCGUGAUCGCACAAAAAGCCCAACACGCUCAGACACCGACGUUUCUCUUGCCAGUCAACCUCUCUCUCCCAUUAUCACCGAUUCCACAAAUGGGAACACUUCUACUGAGGCCCUCCGCGACCAAACCAAGGAAGACUCAGUUCGUUCACCUGUAUCGCCAUUCCCGGGUGCUGGCCUCCCUCCACCUAUACCGGAAGAGCCACAUAGCCCAGUCCUCACUACUGCUGCACCCGUCCUCCAACAGAAGGAGCCUGUCCCUGCACCAGUCGCAGAUCCAGUUCCUGCGCCAGUCGAGCCCAUCGAUUCAGCCCCAAGUGCUGAAGCUGCUCCACCCAACGAGUCGGCUCCAGUUUCGGACCCAAUGGUCUCUAGUGAGCCCUCAAAGGAACGUGCUCAAUCUUCCAAGGCGGAUUAA